UCAUCUGCUUUCUCACACAGUAUUCAUUGUGGGCGCUGUCACAACACAGAAAAUACGUCUUAUUAGAAACCUUAAAUUUUAUAUAUUUGUUUUUUAAAAAAGGUAAACAAUACACAAAUAAAUAAAUUCUAAGGUAUAAAAUGUGAAGAACAAACAAUUAUAAAAAAACUUCGAAAUAUUACCGAAAAUAUAGUUUAAUAUGAACUUUAUUUUAAACAAUCUUUGUCUGUGAUUGUCUUUAAUUUUUUAAAACUAAGUGAAAUUGAAAAUUAAUUUUUGUAUUGAAUGAAAAUAAGUAUUGUUAGAAAAAAAGAUGCCUUGCUAAAAAAAAUAGUUCUUAGAAAAAAAAGGAAAAAAGAUUGAAUGAAUUUGGCUAAUAACAAAUAAUUCACAAAAUGAAAAGGCAAAAUGUUAGAACAUUGUCCUUGGUGGUGUGCACUUUUACAUAUUUACUUAUUGGUGCUGCUGUGUUUGAUGCAUUGGAAUCUGACACGGAACGCCGUCGUGGAGAAUUUCUUACUGAAGUGAAAAAUAACAUGAUCAAGAAAUACAAUAUUACUGCAGAAGAUUAUCUAAUGGUUGAAAUUGUUAUGAUUGAAAAUAAACCACACAAGGCUGGUCCACAAUGGAAAUUUGCAGGCGCUUUCUAUUUUGCCACUGUGGUUCUAGCAAUGAUAGGUUAUGGACACUCAACGCCAGUUACGAUAGGAGGAAAGGCAUUCUGUAUGGCUUAUGCAAUGGUUGGAAUUCCUCUGGGAUUGGUCAUGUUUCAAAGUAUUGGUGAACGUUUAAAUAAAUUUGCUUCGGUUGUCAUUCGAAAAGCAAAAACUUAUUUAAAAUGUCAACGCACUGAAGCGACGGAAAUGAACCUUAUGUUGGCUACAGGAAUGUUGUCAAGUAUUAUUAUUACGACUGGUGCAGCUGUAUUUUCUCGUUACGAGGGUUGGAGUUACUUUGACAGCUUUUACUAUUGUUUUGUGACACUUACCACCAUAGGUUUUGGAGACUAUGUCGCUCUCCAGAAUGAUCAUGCACUUUCAAAUAAACCAGGUUACGUGGCUUUAAGUUUGGUUUUUAUACUCUUUGGUCUCGCAGUUGUUGCUGCUAGUAUUAAUUUACUAGUUCUUCGGUUUAUGACAAUGAAUGCAGAGGAAGUACGUCGAGAAGAUAAUGAAUUGCAAUCAGCUUCUCAUCACGUAUUAACAUUAGACGGGGAAGUUGUUGCUGUGAAUGGGAAAAUACUUGCUGGUCACGUGCCAAUGAUUAAUGAUACUGAUGAUUGCGUGAGUGUUUGCUCAUGUACAUGUUUGGGUGCAACUAAUUCCGAAUUCUUUGAUUCUUCUGGAUAUCAGGGUUAUAGACCUCCUUCAAUUCCUGCCAGUCUUCGAGUAAAACGAGCAUCCGUCUGAUGGAAGGAGUUCCGAAGACGCAGUUUGCGUCACCGACUUUCUAGAGUUGAUAGUCGUGAACUUCUUGGGAUUGAUGUCUAAUUAUUUUAUUUUUCUAGAAUAUAUAUUAAUUAUUUUCUUUUCAAUAUGUCUAGGAUGUCAUAAUUUUCUGACUUCUCUUAAACAGAUAACUGAAAAUUGAGUAAAACAAGAUUUUUAUUUCGAAACUCGUAUCAAAUCUUUAAUAAAUAUGAAAAUUUAUGUUUUGAAAAAAUCUUCAGAUUUGAAAUACUAUAUAUUGAUGGAAAUAAUAAUGUAUAAUCGUUAAAGUUCCAGAUAUAUGUAUAAAUAGCUGUGAUGUAUAUAAAUUUCAGGGUUGAAUCUUAGAAUCUCGGAAAGUAUUAAAAACAUAGUUAAGAAAUUCGGAACAAACCGAAUUUUUUUAACACUUGAAUAUUAGAUGAAUAAAAUUUAAAAAAACAAUGAAGAUAAUCAUAAUUUUGUAAAAAGAUUGUAUACAUUGAAUGACGUAUGUUUGUAUGCGAAAUUACAGUUGAUAAAUUUUCAUACACGUUUGUAAGCCUUUAAUCCACAAGUAGUUGCGCGAGGCGCUAAUUUUAUGUCUUUCAAUUUUUAUUAAAUACAUAGAAAAAAAAUUUUAAAUCAACUUUUUAAUACGUCAAUUUUACAGAAACAAUUGACACAUGUGGAUUUUUUGCUAAUCAGGCAUAAAUUGCCGUAUUAUAAAGCAGAUUUAAAUGUAUUAAAUCAUAAAGAUAAUAGAAAUUUUGUUUAAUAAUGCGAAUUUACGUAGAAAUAAGUCAUCAAAAUGAAAAAGAUUAUUGUAAUUCCAAUUUGCAUGGCAGUGAAUUAGAGUCUUUUAUAUCUUUUUGCAAUAUGAUGCAGACCUUAUUAAAUGUACUCUUCCUUACACUAGAAUAUCUCCACAAACCUUUAUUCCACAGUAGGGUUAUUUGGGGUAAAUAUUAAUUUGUUGUUGCAUUAAAUUGUUUUUCGACUUCCUUAAAGCAAUUUUAUGCGGUAGUAGAAAAUAUACAUGAGUUUGAAUCGCAUAAAACUAAAUGUUUACAUUUAUCUCGAGUUUUUACGCUUACUCUAAAAUUUAGGAGUAAAUAUAAACAGACCGACAAUAAUAACUACAAUUAUAAAAAAUAAAAAUCCUAUUGAAGUUUUUUAAUUCAGUUCCUUUUUGAUUUUCAAUGAUAAAAAUUUAAUCGUGUAUUUACUUACGAAACUAAAAAUGAAGCUCAAACAUUUACAGUUGACAUUUAUCCCUUGUUUACAGUUAUUCCAAAUGACCCUACUACAAAAUUUCAUUGUUUCUUCAUUUCUGGCAUCUCGUAUGGUUUUUAGAAAGUUUUAUAGUUUAUUGUCAUAACAUUCUUUUUGGAAGUUUUGCACAUAUAUGUUAUUGGCCACCCAACUGAAAAUUCUCACAUAGGCUCUCAUACAAAAUCGUAUACGUAUUUUGAAAGUGAAUUUAAAUAGGAAAAAACGUAGGAAUUAUCAUAUUAAUCCACAUUAUAUUUUAAAAUCCCAUAUGGCUUCCUAAAGAAGAACCCAUGUGAGUUUCCAUAUACCACCCUAUGUGGACAUUUUCAGUAGGGCGUUAGCCAAAAGCCAAGUCGUUUAACCAAUUAUUAUCGGCAAGUACUUAAAAUAUUUUUACUGUGCACAUUUCUGACUGAAUUAGUUUAUAAUAACUUGAGUUAUUUAAAGCAGAUUAAUAAAGAAAUACUAUUUUUUACAAAAAUACACUAUAUCAUAAUCAAGUUUAGUUUUACAUUUCUUAUGACCACAAUUAAGCUCACUGAAAUAACUAAAAAAUUCUAGCCUAUUCCAUAGAAUAUAUUUUCAUGAAACUUGCUCAUGUAUGUUGCUAAUUGUGGGCGUAAAAAUUGAUUUUUGGGAUUGAAUGAGUUAAUUUUUGAUAGUAAAAAUGUAAUUGAUUUUUAAUAUAACGCAACAGGUUGGAUUAAACUAAACUAAUAAAAAAGGUUGAAUUGUUAACGUUAAUGUUAGAAAUAAUUAAACAAGAUAUAAAUUUUAUUCUGAAGAAUAUUAUUUUUGCAGAAUAGUAAUAUAAUAUUAUCUUAAUUUUGCUGAAGAAAAUGGUACAGAAUAUUAAAUUUACAGAAUAUUCAUUUGUAUGAAUUUUCGUUUUACAGAAUUUCAAUUUGUGCCAAAUGUUUUUUUGUAGAAUAUUAAUUUUGCAGAAUACUAGUUCAAAAUAAUCUUAAUUAUGCAGAUAGAAGAUUAGAAAGAAUAUCAAUUUAACAGAAUAUUCAACUGUUCGAAUUGGGAUUGGUCAAUUUUAAACAAAUAGUCCUUAGUCUCCUUCUAGCAGACCAGGCAACUUGAGAGACCUACGAAGCAAUAACUCAACUUAAGAUAUAAAGAAGAAAAAAUGACACAAUUAGUCAAAACCACGAUCAUUACACAGCGGCAAUCAUAUCGAUGUGAUUAUGUCACAUUUAUUAGAGAAUCACGUACUCUGAUCUUCGAUAUAAAUAAAAAUAAAGCAGUUGUUUAGAUAUUAAGCCUCAAAUUUUUUGUAUUUUCUCAGUACUUUGUAAGAGUGGACUCUGACCAUAUGUUUAUAAAUAAAUAAUAAAGAUUCCAUUAAAUAACUAUUACACAAAUUGAAUUUACAAUUAAUUAAUUUUCAUUUAAAUACAAAUUUUGUAACAUUGAUAAUCGGUUGGAAAAAAAUGGAAAUUCUGUAAAAUGAAAAUUAGAAAAAAAGAAAAUUAACAAAUGAGUAUUUUUUAAGAUUAAAAAUCUGUACAAUUUUUUCUGCAAAAUUAAGAUUACUAUUCUAAAAAAUUAGGCUAUAGUGCUUAUUCAUGCGUCCUUAGAUGUUCCAUUAAAUUCUCCCUUCUUCGGUUGCCUUUCCUGCAUCUUUGCACUUUAUUUAAAUACUAACAUAAAUCAACAAAAUUUUAAUUUAUUAUCUAAUUUCUAAGUUAGUAUCAAAGACAUAAGAAUUAUCAUACUAGAUCAUAUUAUUAAACUCUUAAAAUACCUGGAUAUUCAACUGACAUCCUAGAGAUAUCCAUCGAUCUUCAGCGAUUCAAAUUAUUUCAAAAGUUCUAUAAAGGUCCAUAGAUAUCCUGAAAACAUCAUGUGAAUAGCUAAACCGACGAAAUACCUGUAAGUAUUUUUAGGAUGUUCUUAUUAUCUUUUCAGGUUUUAUGAGAGAAACAAUGUUAUACUGCGUUUUUGUAGAGAGAUAUUACUAAAUCGUGUAAAUUUGAUUGAUUUGAGAACAGUAAGUCGUUUUCCGUAGUUUCCGAUGCGCUAUAUGCAAGUGAGAAUAUAGCAGAGCGAUUAUGAUAUCAAUAUUUUGUGAGAACUUAAUAUUAUUAAUUAUAUUAUUAUUAAUAUUACGUAAAUAUGGAGAAAUGACAAAAGAUUAUGUUUAUUGAUACACAAGUGGCGGUCACUGAAGCUAUCUAUUGACAGUUGGCAAUAUAGUGGAAGUUUAAUAUUGGAACAUUCUGGAACAUAGUUGAUGACUUUAAUCUGCAAAUUAUAAAAUAAUGGAAAAUAUGCGGCAAAUUGUUUGUAAGCAUUAAAAAUGUAAAUAUAAUAAAAAAUCCACACUCUAUAAAGUUUGCUCUACAAGAAAAACGUAAAAUAAUGAAUGUAAAAACUAUCAGUGCAUCCAUAAUUAUUUUAGACUGAUUGUGCGUAUUUUACAAACACAGAGAUCUUCUGGAACAAUUUGCUUGCUUUAUUUCCAGGACCGUCGGAAAGAAUUUUUCUCAGGUGGGGAGUAAUUUGACUUGUGUUAAGAAUUUAUUUAAUUCAUUAAAUAAAUUUAAAAAUUUACUUCUUUUACGAAGCUGUAAAACAAAUAUGUACAUUGUACAUCCAUACUUUUUUUACAAGGGCAAAUGUAAUCUGUCAUAGAAAGAUCUUGACCGUUCCGCAGUUAAGGAACUUCUUCUUUUGUUUUCCGGUAUAAUUUUACUAUCUCACUUAAACUCCAAAGUAUGGAAUUCUACACAAAAAAAUUUCCCAGGUAUGGAGUAUUCCUUCACUCCUCACUAUCUCCGCCGGCCCUGUCUAUUUCUGAAAAAAUGUAUUUCAUGAUUAAUUAUUAUAAUACAUCAGCAUUGACGGAGAGGUUUUCACCCUGAAAUCGUUUUAAGGACCCUAAAAAAUGACUAAUGUUUUAAUCCACUCGACUAUGUACUUCAAGUUUGUCAAGUUUCAUUUGAAUUGAGAGGUGUCAUUUGAGUUUUAUUUAUAAAUAUAGAGAAUUCUAGUGUUAUCUCUUUAAACAAUGUCAGUUACAAGCUUAUGCUUCUUCUCCACAUAAUUAUUUCUUAUUAAUUAACUUGAGACACAAAAAUAGUCAUCUUUAAAUAUUAUUUGUAACAAUACGUAACAAUACUUUUUUAUACCAUAAGUGAACUUGAAAUCCGAGGAAUUGAAAAUACCUGAAUUUAAUUUUUAACAUAUCAAAUGUUCUAUAUUAUUCGAAAUAUAUUUAUAUUCUAUUUUACCUAGUGAAAUUAUACCAUAACGGCAUCACGAUAUUCGGAAUAUGCUACGGAUAUUCUAGAUGUAGGCUGAUUCUAUUCUGAAGGCCCUUGAAAAUUAGAACAUCCCAGUCGAAAAUCCUACGCUUUAUAAAGCUGAGUAAAAAGCCCGUUUAAAGCGUUAGAAUAGCUACUAAGAGGUUUUGUUUUCCGUGCGCUCAUUGGUCAAAAGUUUGUCAUUUAAAAUGAUGCAUUCUUUUUUAACCAAUAAAAAAGCUUUCGCUUAAUUUACACUACUCGAUGGCUUUCCGGACGUUCUGAAUAAAUUUUAGAUUUUCGACUGGGAUCUAUAAGAUAUCCAGGAUAUCUUGAAAUAUCCGUUGUUGUAAGGAGAUUUAUUUUUUAAGUCUUCAAAAUCGUGCGACUACUGGAAGAUUAAAGCUAUUGUUAAAAAUUGUCCAGUUGCUACGUAAAUUAUUGUCAUAAGCUAUGUAAAUACAACGCUAAAAUAUUAUUUCCCUCUGUAAGAAAUAAUAAUUAUAAUAUAAUAAAACAAAAGACUGAAAAAUGUA